GCCGUCUGUACUUUUUCAUUGUCAUCAUCGGCAGCAUUACAAUUUGAGUCGAAAGUCUUGCAAAUUGCGAAUAGAUCAUGUUCCGCAACCAAUACGAUAGCGAAGUCUCCGUGUGGAGUCCUCAGGGACGCUUGCAUCAAGUUGAGUACGCAAUGGAGGCCGUGAAGCAGGGCACUGCCACCGUGGGUCUCAAGGGUCGUGAUGCUGUUGUUCUUGUGGCCCUGGGCAAGUCAUCGGAGUUGUCUGUGGCCCUGCGCAAGAUCAUUCCCAUCGAUGAGCACUUGGGCAUAUCCAUUGCCGGCAUCACCGCCGACGCUCGUGUGCUGAGCCGCUAUUUGCACUCCUCGUGCCUGAGCUAUCGCUACGCAUACGACGCCACUCAUCCAGUGGAGCGAUUGAUGACGAAUCUGGGCAACAAGAUGCAGUGCACCACCCAACGCUACGAUCGCCGUCCGUACGGAGUGGGCCUACUCGUUGCCGGGUAUGACGAGAAGGGACCCAAUCUCUAUCAGGUCAUGCCCUCGGCCGUCAUCUACAACUGCAAGGCCCAAUCCAUUGGGUCACGCUCGCAGGGCGCCCGCACCUACUUGGAGCGCAAUCUGAAUGGCUUCUUGACCUGUUCCAACGAUGAGCUGAUUUGCCAUGGCAUACUGGCCAUCAAAAACAGCCAACCCAUAGACGGGACUUCGAGUGGAAAGGAGAAGGCACCGGUUCCAUUCACCGUCACUGUGGCCAUUGUCGCAAAGGAUCAGCCAUUCAAAAUGCUCACCGCCGAGGAAGUCGAGAAGUACACCAACAUGGCCAAUGAGAUGGGUGCUGCUGCUCAGCCCCAGCCACCCAUUAACCCGGACGACGACGACGAUAAUGGCGAUGACCGCCCACCAGUCGCACUCAUUGAGCCGGAGGCUGGAGCGGCAGCUGACCCGCAACCAGAUGUUGCCGUUAUGGAACACUAACAAAGAUUCACAAAUGUAUCCAAAAAUGUUGGAAUUUAAAAAUCUCGCUUCUCAAUUAUCCAAUAUUUAAAUAUAUACAUAUAUUGGGUAAAAGACAGUGCCUUGUCCCUUUAACUCGACUUGCAUUAAAAUGGGUUUGACGUUUGAUGUUGUUUAUGUCGAUACGUAAA